CUUCCUCUGCUCUUCCCACCUUCCUUUGCACCAUGAAUGAUCAGCUGAGUGAAGAACAGAUUGCUAAAUUCAAAGAAGCUCUUUCCCUAUUUGACAAAGAUGGUGAUGGUACCAUCACAACCAAAGAAUUUGACACUGUUAUGAGGUCACUGGGUCAGAACUCAACAAAAGCCAAAUUUCAGAAUAUGAUCAAUGAAGUGGAUGCUGACAGUAAUGGCACCAUUUACUUCCCAGAAUUUUUUACCAUGGUGGCUGGAAAAAGGCAAGAUACAGACAGUGAAGUAGAAAUCCACCAGACAUUCCAAGUCUUUGACAAGGAUGGCAAUGGUUACAUCAGUGUGGCAGAACUAUGUCAUGCCAUGACAAACUUAGAAGAAAAACUAAUAGAUGAAGAAGUCGAUGAAUGCAUGUGUUUGUAUGUGUGCAUAUGUUUCACCAUAUCAGGGAAGUAGAUAUUGAUGGAGAUGGACAAGCCAGCUAUGAAGAGUUCGUACAGAUGAUGACUGCCAUGGGAAGACCUACUUUCAACUCCUUUUUCCCCUCUAGGGGAAUCAAAUAGAAUGUUUUACUUACCGCUUGCAAAAAAGAUAAUUUACUCAUUCUGUUUCUAUGUAGCAAAACUGAAUGUC